ACGACAGCGCUGAGCAUGACAGAGUCUCUCCUAGUUACUGGGAUGACGAACGUUACCUGAAGCCCUUCUACUCCAAGAGCCAGAGUUUCCUGAAAAUCCGCUGGCUGGGAGGGCGGCUGCCCUGCGACCAGGCCCAGCAGCUCCAGGUGGAUUACGUCAUUGCUAGGGAGGCCCUGGGGAACGGGUCCAGGAGCCUGGAGUUCAUCUUCCUGGUCGUGGCCAAGGGAGCCAUCGCCAGGAUCCUCCACAAAGGGCUGGACCUCAGGGAGGGAGCUGGGCUGAAGGGCUCCUUCUCUGUGGAGCUGCCCAUCGGCGUUGACCUGGCACCCGCUGCCAAGGUGCUGGGUUACACGGUGCUGCCCAAUGGCGAGAUGGCUGCCGACAGCGUCUGGCUGCAUGUGGCCAAGUGCCUCCCGAACAAGGUGAAGCUGGCCUUCUCGCAGGACCGGGCCCUGCCGGGCUCAGAGCUCCAGCUGCGGGUGCAGGCUGCCCCCGGGUCCCUGUGCGCCGUCCGCGCCGUGGAUCAGAGCGUGCUGCUCAGGAAGCCCGAGGCCGAGCUCAGCGUCGACACGGUCUAUAACCUGCUCCCUGAUUUUCCCCGAGGAGACUAUCCCAACGCAGUGCGAGAGCCGGAGUCAUGUCCUCCUGUGACCGCUCCCCUUCUAGUUGCUCACUGCCGUGCCUUAGGUCCCAGGUGGAGGUGUCGCAGAGGGACUAGCAGCUGGACUCCCCCUCAGCCUGACGCCUACAGCCUGUUUAAGCAUGCAGCUUUGAAAAUUCUCACCAACACCAACACCAAGAAGCCCUGUGAACGUAAACGCUCUUUAACACGUCGUGCUGUCCUACCCUCAGCUGUCUGGCGGGGCCCUGCAUUGUCCUCAGCAGACAUGAUCCCUGGGGCAGCACAUGUGGACAGCGCAGCAGGGACCCCAGUGAGCAAUGCCCGGCCCGUGCCAGAACCCGGCACCCAGGAGGAGCCAGCGCCACGUCCGUACUUCCCAGAGACGUGGCUGUGGGACCUGGUGCCUGUGGGCGAGGGGGGCUCCAGGGACGUCCCAGUCUCGGUGCCCGACACCAUCACGGAGUGGAAAGCUGGGAUGUUCUGCACAGCGGAGCUGGGCUUUGGGCUCUCGCCCAUGGCCACCUUCACGGCCUUCAAACCCUUCUUUGUGGAGCUGGCCUUGCCGUACUCCGUGAUCCGGGGAGAGGCCUUCGCCCUAAAGGCCACCGUCUUCAACUACCUGCGGCAGUGCAUCAAGGUGCGGGUGACGCUGGCAGAGUCUGCGCAGUUCCAGGUGCAGGCGGGCGAGGACGGUGCCUUCACCAGCUGCCUCUGUGCAGACGAAAGGAAAACCUUCCAGUGGGAGGUGACGGCGAGCAGCCUGGGGGAGGUGAACUUCACCGUCAGCGCCGAGGCUCUGCGCACCGAGGAGCUGUGCGGCACAGAGCUGGCCGUGGUGCCGGCCCAGGGGCGAGUGGACACUGUGAUAAAGCCCCUGCUGGUCCAGCCGGGGGGGAUCCUGGAGGAGAAGGUGCACAGCUCCCUGCUCUGCCAGGAAGCCUCCGAAGAAAUCUCCUUGCAGCUGCCUGCGAACGUCCUGGCGGGGUCCGAGCGGGCCCACGUGACUGUCCUGGGAGACAUAAUAGGCACGGCUCUGCAGAACACAGCACAUCUGCUGGCCAUGCCCGAAGGCGAUGGAGAGAAGAACAUGGUCCGGUUCACUCACAACAUCUACAUCCAGCAGUGCCUGGAGAAGAGCGGGCAGCUGAGCCCAGAGAUCAGAGACGAGGCCAAGGGAUUCCUCCAGAGUGGCUACCAGCGCGAGCUGCUCUAUAAGCACAACGACGGCUCUUACAGCACCUCCAGGGAGAGCGACGCCAGGGGCAACACCUGGCUGACGGCCUUCGUUCUCAAGUCCUUUGGCCAGGCCAGGCCCUACAUCUCCAUCGACGAGAAGCACGUAGAGGACGCCCUAAGGUGGCUGCAGAGCCGCCAGCUGUUGAGCGGCUGCUUCUGCAGUGUGGCGAACCUGCAGGGCGGCAUGGUGGAUGAGCUCUCUGUCUCGGCUUACGUCACGGCGGCGCUGCUGGAGCUGGGGCAGCCGCUUACGGACCCGACGGUGACCAGGGCCCUCCAGUGCCUCCGGGAGUCGAGCACCAGUGACCUCUACACGCAGGCGCUGCUGGCCUACGCCUUCGGGCUGGCGGGGAGCACUGAGCUGCGGGACGCCCUCCUGCAGCGCCUGGCCCAGCACAGCGUCAGCGCCGGGGGACAGUUGUACUGGCAGGGGAAGCCCAGCUCCUACGGGAACGAGGCCCCAUCGGCGGAGGCAAUGACGGCUUACAUGCUCCUGUCCUAUCUCUCCCUGCCCAACGUGUCUGCUGCCGACAUGACAACCGCUGCCCAGAUCGUCCGCUGGCUCAGCAAGCAGCAGAACCUCUACAGGGGCUUCGCCUCCACGCAGGACACGGUGGUGGCCCUGCAGGCCCUGGCCAAAUACGCAGCCCUGACGUACAGCGCGAGCGGGGCUGUGUCGGUGACGGUGAGCUCCCAGGCCGGGGCCCGGCAGCAAUUCCACGUGGACAACGCCAACCGGCUGGUGCUGCAGCGAGCGGCCCUGCAGGAGAUCCCCGGGCAGUACACGGUGCGGACCAGCGGCAAGGGCUGUGUCUUUGUGCAGCUGAUCCUGCGCUACAACGUGCCGCCCCCAAAGAGCGCCACAACCUUUGACCUGCGGGUGGAGACGGAGCCGAAGGAGUGCACCGAGAACGCCACAUCCCGCUUCAGCCUCGUGCUGCACGCUCGGUACAGCGGUGAGCGCCCAGCCACCAACAUGGCCAUCAUCGAGGCCAAGCUGCCGUCCGGCUACAUCACCGUCCAGAGCUCCCUGCAGCAGCUGGAGAAGCAGCCUUUGGUGAAGAGGCUGGAGGUGCAGAAGGACCAGGUGACGCUCUAUCUGGACCAGCUGACGGAGGAAGCGGAAAGUUUCACCUUCUCCCUGGAGCAGGAUUUCCCUGUGAAGAAUCUCAGAGCAGCCCCAGUGAGACUGUACAAUUACGAGACAAGUGAACACACAGAGGCUGAGUACAGCGCCCCCUGCAGCUCAGCCCCUGAUGCCGACACGAUGGAAAAUUCCCACUGAAGCCCCCACCCCUGCUGGGCAGCCCCCUCCCCUCCCAUCCCGAGAGCCCCGCACCGGCAGCCAGACACCCCAGGAUCAGGGAGAGGGGGGCCAUGGACAAGCCUCGUCUCAGCUGCUGCUUCUGGGACCCUCUGCCCUAUUCCCUGGCCCUGGGCUGGAAGGAGGCUGCAGCCCCGCGGUCGAGACACGGACUCUUAGCGCCUUCUUCUGCCAACGCCCCCCAGCUCACUCUGGAAACAUCCCACCUGCUCCUGUGACAAGUCACCCCAGAAAUGAGGAGGAUGGGGGGAGAUUAGCGCAAAAAUGAACGGACACUUUGGGCAGGGUCAGUUGCCCGGGUGCCCCUGCCGACAGCUCCCCCCACUGCAGACAGCUCCCCCCGUGCAGACAGCUCCCCACCCCCUGCAGACAGCUCCCCCCGCUGGGUCAGUGUCAGGGACCAGCCCACCUAGGACCAGCUGCUGGCCUGCUCCCUAACUGCACUGCUAGCCCAGAUUGCAAUGGACAGAGCACCCACGGCCCCUGCCUCGCUCACCCUCUAGAGCCUGGUCACAUCCAUUGUGUCAGCAGCACCUGGGGACCGCCCCCUCCUUUGCCCCCCCUGCGGUAGCUUUUGCAACCCUUUUCCUUUCACCCAUGCAGCGAGUUAGUAGUUCUCAGCCUCAGCUGCCUGGUCCCAGAGAGCAACCCUUGCAGUCCCAUCCCCCCCUUGCUACGGAAGUGGUUGCUCCGUUUGUCUCUAGCCCCACCGAGGGGCUUUUGGAAGCUAUGGUUCACGCCAAUUCACCUUUGCUGGGAGGAUCCAGAAGCGAGGAGGAUCCCAGAGAGAGUAAGGCCAGAAUUUCCAGGCCAACAUACCAACACGUGGCCAGAUUUCUCAGCGGUCAGCAUGCCAGGUGCAGGUGAGGGUCUGGGGCCUGCCGUGUGCAGAUCUGUCCCCCAGCCAGGGGAGGAAGGCAAGGGGGUGAAGUCCAGGAAUUUGGAGGCAAAGGGGAUGUCGGGUCCUGGCUUGUCCCCAGCCCAUGGAGGAGCCGCUGCCACGCCCAGCGUCUUUUUUCAGGCCAUUUUAUUUCCCAAACAUGAGCAAAACCAACAAAACAAAUCCUCAGCCCGCGCUCAGGGAUUUCCUCCUUUGCCUCUCAGUCCCUCCUGCUUCAGGGCCUUUGGCAGGAUUCUUCUGUACCCCUCUGAGAGCGCAUCACCUCCCAGGGCGUUUCCCCCAGCACGUUCCCACUGCCUCCUGCUCCGUGAGCAUCCCCUGUCCUUACUGCCAGCCUGGCUGGCCAGAGCCCCAGGUGCUGCCCCACUCUUGUGAUUGGCCACACUGGGAGCCCCUGUUCUAGCAAGGGGAGCUGGACCUGCUUCAUUUGCAGAGCCAGCUACCCCGGGACAGGGGAGCAGAUGGGGAGGUAGCCACAGGGGGACAGAGGGAAGGAGUCUGAGCUUAGAGGAAGCAGUUGAGGGAAAGGAGCCAGAGGGGGGUGAUUUUGAAGUUGAGAGUGAGAGACGGUGCCAAGGCCUGGGCGGUGUGUGCACCCCCACCCCGUUUGGGGAGCCCAGCUGCCUGCCCCGCCUCUUUAGCCCCAGGCCCUGUCCCCACUCUGCCCCUCCUGCGCUGUGGCAGGCCGGCACACCCCUCCCCCGGCGCGCUUCUGGGCUGCCUACAAACCCCCAGCCAUGUUUCAGACACACGAUUUCCUCAUCCAUGGACUACAUGUAACUCAAAUGGACCCCCCCUCCCCCCAGUCAUGUCAUUGUUUCUAGGUGUAGGAUUACACCGGAGUCGCAGGAAGACACUGUCAGGUUCUUCUUUUUCACAUCCCAGCACGUUUUGGCAAGAGUGAGCGAGUUCCUAGUAAAACUUAAAGCUGGAAA